AUGGCCACUGCUAUUCUCUCUUCUGGAAGCUCUUUAAACCAUAGAUUCGAUCACGAAACCCUAACCCACCGUAAUCAUUCUCGCCUUCGCCGUCACUCAUACGCUCCUACGACGGCUCCUCUCCGACUCAAGCGAGGCCCCACGACGUCGUAUCAGUCUAGGAAGAUGGUUGUCUCCCCGGCCAUGAAAACCAAUCUUGUUAUGGGACAAGUCAAGAUUCUCAAACGCGGCGAGACACUGAACAGUGUUGUUGUUUUAGCGUCGACUAAUAGGAUUGGACCUGAACCAGAGACUGUAUUAAUGUAUAUGACCGGUUUAGUUCGGUUUAGAAUAGAUUAG